AUGGGUACAAAUGCGACGGGCUUAGGAAAAACGGAAGCAGCGCAUAUCAUUCCCUUCAGUCUGAACGACUUCGAGGAGACGGAUGUUCCCAUGACGGCCAACAAGACCACAAUAUGGACAGCCUUACAAGCAUUCUCUGGUCAUCUGCUGGACGGUCCCAAGGGCGAUGACAUCAACUCUCUGGGGAACGUGCUUACCCUUGAGGCCUCCAUGCAUCAGAUGUUUGACGAGCUUGUACUGGCCCUCGAAUCCAUAGAGAAGGUCGAGGUCGAGCUUAGAGCGCUUCCGCAGCCAUCAGUUGACUCGCGGAAGCAGCUCAAGAAGCUGAUCACGCCGAAGCACGUUGCUACCACCGGAAGCUUCAAAAAAGUGCAGGAGGAGGGGACAGGACCUGGCAACCUGAAGGACUUCCUCCUCAUCCUCGCUUCGCAAAGUCAUGAGUACGUCUGCAACUACAACCUCUACCAGGACGACAACAUCGAGAUUGAGGUUCGCCUCACGGGCAUUGUCCAGGUAUUCGGCGCCACGCUCGCUCCGGGCGUCAACGUCCACUACCAUCAGCAUUUCUUCUGCUGCUGCGUCGAUCCCAUGGUCGACGGUCUGUACAACACCGUCAACUUUGCGGGCAACGCUUUCAUUACGCGCGACCACCCGCUCGAGGUGCAGAGCGAGGACGCGCGCGACGUGAGCCACGAGCUCGACCGGCGCUGGUCGAUCAUUAACCCGAAGAAAUGCCACCCAUACCCGGGCAAAUUCGCGGGGUGCUUGAUCAUGGGCAUGAAGGGCAUGAAGGUGCCGCUGAUGAUGCGUCCCGACGGGUGGAUCGGCAAGCGCGCGCCAUUUGCACACAAGCCGCUGUGGGUCGUGAAGGACGUGGAGGGCGAGAGGGGAUCCCGAAUGUGGCCAUGUGAAAAGUACGUCCCGCAGACGAGGGACACGUGCGCGGAAACGAUCGUCAAGGGCAUGGAGGAGGACAUUCUCCUCUACCUCACUACCGGUGUCAUCCAUAUUCCCAGGCAGGAGUGCGAUCUUCCCGUCCAUCGCAAACCUUAUCGUGCCCCACCAGAAUGCACCCAUUCCAGCUUCCCUGCCCGUACGUCGCUUGGAGGUGCAUUUGUCGCACGAUGGUUGUGGGCAAAGGAGGUCACACCUGCGGAAACAGGACGUGGCGGGUUUGAGGAGGAAACCAAUGUCAAUGACCCGAGCAGUGGACGCAAAGCAGUGAGUACGCCGGAAAGUGGGACAAGUAUGCUCUACGGUCACGGUGGUCGAUCUGCUCUUGGCCCCAUCAUUCUCGUCGUCGAGGAGGAGGAAGAGGAGAUCGAGGAGAUGGAGAACACGGGCGGACUCUUUUACGAUAGGUUCCGGAUACGGCGAGAGCGACGCGGGAAGGAUGAGGACCUUGACGAGCUCCAAAGUAGGUCCCCGCCAUGA